UUGCGGUGGCUGUUUCGCUGUUGGAUUUCCGACUUCCCGGUGUCACUUGAACGCACCAUAAAAGCCAAACGAGGUCGGCUAGCAACCGUUAGCUGUCAGCCGGUCCCAGUCGUCGUGUCAGGAUGGAGGUGACACGCAGAUGUUUUAAAGACUGUUUAAACCUAGUGUACACCGCGAUAGAGGAGGCUGACUUUCUUGCCAUCGAUGGCGAGUUUUCAGGGAUCAGCGACGGGCCCAGCGUCAGUGCACUCACUAACGGGCUGGACACGCCGGAGGAACGCUACACAAAGCUCAAAAAGCAUUCCAUGGACUUUCUGCUCUUCCAGUUUGGGCUGUGCACCUUCAAGUAUGACCAGGAAGAGUCCAAGUACAUCACAAAGACUUUUAACUUUUAUGUUUUCCCCAAACCGUUCAACCGAUCGUCCCCCGACAUCAAGUUCAUCUGCCAGAGUUCCAGUAUUGACUUCCUGGCCAGUCAAGGCUUUGAUUUCAACAAGGUCUUCUGUCACGGAAUCCCUUACCUGAAUCAAGAAGAGGAGGCCCACCUGAGAGAGCAGACAGAGGAGAGGCGGAGCCAACAGGCCAACGGCGUGGGGACGCCCUCCUUCAUCUCGCCAUCCUGCUCCAAAGGCCCCGCCCACAUUCCCGACGAGCACAAAGACUUCAUCAGCAGAGUGGUGGAGAAAGUUGAGACUCUUUUCUCCAGUACGGAAAAGACAGUGAACUUGGAGCCGUGCACCGGUUUCCAGCGGAAGUUGAUAUACCAGACACUCAACUGGAAGUUUCCCAAGGGGCUCCAUGUGGAAACCGUGGAAACAGACAAGAAGGAGCGCUUCAUCCAGGUCACUAAGGUGGAUGAAGAGGAGAGGAAGAGGCGGGAACAGCAGAAAGUGGAGCGGGAGCAGGAGGAGCUAAAUGAUGCCGUGGGCUUCUCCCGGGUCAUCCACGCCAUCUCCAAGUCUAGUAAACUGGUGGUCGGCCACAACAUGCUGCUGGAUGUGAUGCACACCAUCCACCAGUUCUACUGCCCCCUGCCCGAGGAGCUUCAAGAUUUUAAAGAGGUCACAAUGUGUGUUUUCCCCAGGCUUCUGGAUACAAAGUUGAUGGCUUCCACUCAACCCUUUAAGGACCUAAUAAGCAACACCUCUCUGGCUGAGCUGGAGAAGCAGCUGAACGACAGCCCCUUCAAGGCACCUGAAACUGAGGCAGCAGAAGGCUUUCCCAGCUACAACACGGCCAAGGAGCAGCUGCACGAGGCCGGCUACGACGCCUACAUCACAGGCCGCUGCUUCAUCUCCAUGGCCAACUUCCUGGGCUCCUUCCUGACUCCCCCCAAAGCGUACGUCUCUGCUCGCUCCAAGCUCAUCGAGCCUUUCUACAACAAGCUCUUCCUGAUGAGAAUCAUUGAUAUUCCCUACCUCAACAUCACAGGACCAGAUUUGCAACCAAAACGAGACAACGUCCUCUAUGUCACUUUCCCUAAAGAAUGGAAGACCAGUGACCUCUACCAGCUCUUUAGUGCCUUCGGUAACAUACAGGUGUCAUGGAUGGACGACACCUCCGCCUUUGUUUCCCUCAGUCAAACAGACCAGGUGCAGAUAGCCAUGAACACUAGCCGCUACGCAGAGAGCUACAGGAUCCAGACGUACGCCGAUUACAUCCAGGGCAAGCAGCAGGAUAAAGACAAGCUGGCUCACUCUUCCAAAUCCUGGACGGAGGAUGGCUGGGUGAAGCCUCACUAUGCCGCCUCCGCUGCUUCUGCCGGCUUUGGAUACUCAAGGUCCCUGAGGAAGCGCAGCAUCAGUCCCAUUCAGCCGGAACAAGGAAGCGGUGAGGCCGCUGCAGUAGACGGCUGGAGUCACUACUCGUAUUCCGACAGCACCGGAAGCAAGAAGAUGAAAACUGACGGGAGGCGUCUGCGUCCCCCAGGUCAAGUCUCGUCCCUGAGGGGGACCGUCUCGAGGCGCCAGAUGCGGCAAAAGAUGCCGAGGGGACCCUCACCUGGCAACAGGCCGCCACUGUACCUGGACACAUAAGUCAAAAGACCAAGAAGAAGUCUGAAGCUGCUGGAACGUCAUCGCUCUUUGAAGUUCCCGAGGUGUGGUAGCAGGAAGUGGGGAGAAAUCAAGCCGUCACCGCCGCCGCUGCUGCUCACGAUCCCUUCUUUCCAAAGCACUUGGGACUCUUCUGCGAGGUCUUUCCAUAACUGGGAGCAGCAGGUGUGGACUACUACCACGACUCAAACAACCCAAGCCAUAUGUGACAAGUCUUCUGGUUUGCAACACUUUAAACACACAAUCUUGAAUUGAAAAAAACGUUUUUCAAGUUAUUUUAUAUGAGACCUGUUAAUACUGCAAUCGAGCGCCACAGCCACGCUGGAGUCUUUUUAAUGGCGUCAUCACCUCUGAUUCACGGUAUAUUUUAGUGUGUGAGUGUGUGAAAGAUGCGUGUUCACGUAUGUUAAUUCCAUAAGCUGCCACUCAACAGGUUCUGUAGUUUACAACACAUCAGGGUUCAUAACGUGUAUUAGGAAAAAAAAAAUGCUUUUUUUUUUUAAGUGUAAAAUGAUCAACUUCUGUUUUAGCCAGCAUAUAUAUAUAUAAAAUGUGUCAACAAUAAUGUGAUAAUUUAUUACAGCUGUAAUUGGACCCUUCAGGAGGUGCUUCUGUUUGUUUUUGUACAGAUGUUUGAUUUUGUAACCAGUGUCUAUUGUAAAUGUUUUUUUUCUUUUUGUAAUAAGGUUAAAAAUGGAGAAAAAAAUAUCUCCUUGAAAAGGGGGGAAAAAAUUAAAGAAUUUUCUUACUAUCCCUGCUUGUGCUUUGUGUGCAUAAAUACUGGUGUAUUUAUGCUGUAAUAACCUGAUUAUAUUGUUGCAUAUGUUAUGUUUUAAAUAUUUUAUAAUUUAAUACAUCAACAUAAUUAUGUUUUCGUGCUUAUAUUAAAAGUAAUGAUUUGUUUUAAAUAGAUUUAUGUACUAUAAAGGGUUUUAUGAGAAAAAUGUUGAUGCUGUACUUCCGGGUAGUUUGUGUUGCCUAAAUGAACAUCGAAGAAGAGAGCUAAUCAAUCACUGAAAUCGUUUUGGGCAGCUACAUAUUGUAAAAUUACUAGUUUUGCGUUUUAUAUUUAAUGGUUUUCUUUUGCGGAUAAAACUUUGUACGCAUUAAUUAGCACUCAAACGUGUUAUUUUUGGGACCGUUUAUCGCUUGUAGCCAUGUACUAUCCAGCUUGAUUGCUAACAGGACGCCGCGUU